AUGUCAAUUAUUGUUAAAAAAUUUCUAAAGACUAACCUUUUAGAAAAACAACAUUUUAAUAAACAUACAGAAAGAGAUAGAAAACGAUAAGAAUUUAUAAAGAAGUCUAUAUCAGAUCGUAAGACAUAUCUAUGUUUGUCUCCUACUGAAUAAUAUAUUUUGAAUGACAAAGUAAUUGCAUUUCAUUACUAUUAAAUAAGUCAUUUCAUCAUUCUAGACAUGAAUAGAAAAUAAAUGAUUUUAAGACACCUUUUGAUAAUGAUAUUUAAGCAGAAAAGAAAGAAAGAACUAAGGAAGUGACUCUUACCUUAGCACUUUCAUCAAUGAAGAAUAGUAAUCAAAUUGAACAAAGAACAAAACCAAAAAAAUAACUAACCCUUUUAGAAUCUAUUGUAUUUUCUCCUGAUGGCACUCUUAAAAUUUUAUGGGAUUUUCUGUGUAUGUUACUAAUAUUCUAUGAAAUUUUAUCAAUACCAUUUAGAAUUAGCUUUGAGUUUGAAAUAAGCGAGGAAUUAGGUACAUUCAUUACUAUAAUUUUCUUGAUUGAUAUUUUAGUUACGUUUAAUACAGCUGUCUGGAUCAAAGGAAGCAUCAAUUAUCAGUAUCCUGUAAUAUUUAAACAGUAUAUGAAACUGUGGUUUUGGUUAGACAUUAUUGCAUCUUUCCCAUAUGAUAUGGUAUUAAACAAAGCAAUCAUAAAUAGAUCAUCGAAUCAAUACUUGUUACGAAUGCCGAAGAUACCGAGAUAAAUACGAAAAGUGUAGAAAAAGCUAAAACAUUAUAAUAGAGUGCAUAAAUUUUGAGACUCUUAAAAUUCUUUAGAUUUAUUAAGAUCAUUAGAUUACUAAGAUUAGCAAAAUUAAAAGUUAUAUUUGAUAAAAUUGAAGAACAACUUCAAACUUACACAAUAAUAAAUACUGUUGCUAGUUUUCUUAAAUUAAGUUUUUUUGUAUUAUUCUGGUCACAUUGGUUAGGAUGUAUAUUCCAUUUUGUAGGAAUGAAUGAAGAUCCAAAUCAUAAUUGGUUAGUAGUUGCUGGAAUUUAUGAUUAACCUGUAGAAGUUCGAUAUGUAACAUCAAUUUAUUGGGCUGUGACAACAAUGAUUACAGUUGGUUAUGGAGAUAUUUCACCUUAAACAACUUUAGAGAGAUUUUGUGGAAUAUUCUUUUUAUUAAUAGCAUGUGGAGUGUUAUCAUUUACUAUGAAUUCUAUCGGAAAUACCAUGUAAUAGAUGAGUUAAAAAAAAGACCAAUAAAAAAAGAAUAUUGCUGAAAUUAAUAAUUAUAUGUAAAAAGUGAAAAUACCUAAACACCUUCAAUAAAGGGUAAGAAAAUAUUUAUAGUAUAUUUGGGAUUCAAGUAGACUUAUUAAAUUAGAUGCAAUAACAGCUAACUUAUCUUAAGAGUUGAAAUACUCACUUACAGCCCAUGUUAAUGGUAAUAUUCUUGCUACAUAUUCAUACUUCCUCAAAACCUUUUCUUUUACAUUUUUAAAAGAAAUUACUUAAAUUCUAUUCGAAUAAACUGCAUAACCAGAUGAAUAUGUUAUAAUGGAAGAUAAUCCAAAAAACUCACAUCAUUUAUAUUUUAUACAAGAUGGAAUGAUCAAUAUUGUACUUCCUAAAACAAGAUAAGUAGUUGCUAAACUUACAAAUAAAUAAAUCUUUGGAGAAAUCAACUUCUUUGGUAAUGUUAACAGAACUGCAUCUGCAAAAAGCGAAGGUUUUAGUGAUUUAUUUGUUCUUAAGAGGGAAGACUUUUUAUUAAUUUUAUAAAAGCAUCCUAAAGAAUUUGAAAAAUUUUACUAAAUCUAAGAUGAAGUUAAUAAACAUCAAUUUUAAGUAUUAUAAAUACAUUGUUUUGCUUGUGAUUUACCUGGACAUGUAGUUAAAGAUUGUCCAUAAUUACAUUUUAUUGUUGAUCUUUAUGUUUAUAAUAAAACUAAGAANGAAAAGUGUAGAAAAAGCUAAAACAUUAUAAUAGAGUGCAUAAAUUUUGAGACUCUUAAAAUUCUUUAGAUUUAUUAAGAUCAUUAGAUUACUAAGAUUAGCAAAAUUAAAAGUUAUAUUUGAUAAAAUUGAAGAACAACUUCAAACUUACACAAUAAUAAAUACUGUUGCUAGUUUUCUUAAAUUAAGUUUUUUUGUAUUAUUCUGGUCACAUUGGUUAGGAUGUAUAUUCCAUUUUGUAGGAAUGAAUGAAGAUCCAAAUCAUAAUUGGUUAGUAGUUGCUGGAAUUUAUGAUUAACCUGUAGAAGUUCGAUAUGUAACAUCAAUUUAUUGGGCUGUGACAACAAUGAUUACAGUUGGUUAUGGAGAUAUUUCACCUUAAACAACUUUAGAGAGAUUUUGUGGAAUAUUCUUUUUAUUAAUAGCAUGUGGAGUGUUAUCAUUUACUAUGAAUUCUAUCGGAAAUACCAUGUAAUAGAUGAGUUAAAAAAAAGACCAAUAAAAAAAGAAUAUUGCUGAAAUUAAUAAUUAUAUGUAAAAAGUGAAAAUACCUAAACACCUUCAAUAAAGGGUAAGAAAAUAUUUAUAGUAUAUUUGGGAUUCAAGUAGACUUAUUAAAUUAGAUGCAAUAACAGCUAACUUAUCUUAAGAGUUGAAAUACUCACUUACAGCCCAUGUUAAUGGUAAUAUUCUUGCUACAUAUUCAUACUUCCUCAAAACCUUUUCUUUUACAUUUUUAAAAGAAAUUACUUAAAUUCUAUUCGAAUAAACUGCAUAACCAGAUGAAUAUGUUAUAAUGGAAGAUAAUCCAAAAAACUCACAUCAUUUAUAUUUUAUACAAGAUGGAAUGAUCAAUAUUGUACUUCCUAAAACAAGAUAAGUAGUUGCUAAACUUACAAAUAAAUAAAUCUUUGGAGAAAUCAACUUCUUUGGUAAUGUUAACAGAACUGCAUCUGCAAAAAGCGAAGGUUUUAGUGAUUUAUUUGUUCUUAAGAGGGAAGACUUUUUAUUAAUUUUAUAAAAGCAUCCUAAAGAAUUUGAAAAAUUUUACUAAAUCUAAGAUGAAGUUAAUAAACAUCAAUUUUAAGUAUUAUAAAUACAUUGUUUUGCUUGUGAUUUACCUGGACAUGUAGUUAAAGAUUGUCCAUAAUUACAUUUUAUUGUUGAUCUUUAUGUUUAUAAUAAAACUAAGAAUAGAUGUAUUAAAUAAGUUAUGAAACAAUAUGUAAGGAAGGAUAGAGUACAUUAUAAUGCUAUUAAACAUUAAUUUCUUAUCAAAAAAGAAGCAUUUAGUAUAUAAACUGUUAUCCCUAUGACAGGAUUUAUUUUAGAGGAAUGUAAUUUAGACGAAGUUUAAUCUAAGGCUAUUUAAUAUGAAAAAAGCUUUGUUUAACCUAUUAAAAUCAAAUCAAAAUUUAAAGAAGAUAGAAAUAGAAGAAGAGAAAUUUAAAAAGUUAUGCGUGCUUAAUAGAGUUAAGUUUAAAUGAUAACUCAAAAACAAAAUGAUAUUUAUAACCUUACUAAAUCUCUGUCAUAAUUAAUUCAUUCCUCAACUCCUUCAUUAAAUUAUUAAAGCAGUAGUGUAAGUCAUAUCAAAAUUAAUGAAAACUAAAGUUCUGAUGAAUAAAGUGAUUCUAAAAUCAAAUUAAGAGUAGAUUAAAUUAUAUCAGAAUAUCAAGUUGAAAAAGAAAACCAAAUUUAAGAAAAUCAUUUUACUUAAAAUAAAAGUUAACAUAGUUACUCCUUAAUUGAUGAUUUUGAAAAAGGAUAUGAUUUUGAAAUUUAUAGUACUCAUAAUAAUUUAUCUGUUGUCUUAAAAGAAGUCUAAAAAUAUUAUAAUGGUGCACAAAUAAAACCAAAAAUUGACACUGAAUAUGAGUAUUUACUCUUUUAUAUUAAAUUAGUGUUAAUGUCUUUGAAGAAUACCUGGAUUAUUAUGCAAUAAAUAUGGAAGAUAUCAAUAAAUUUAAACUUGAAGUUAAACCAGAAAGAUUAAAGCAGUUUUUACCAUUUACAACAUUAGUUGAAUUAAAAUAAUCAAGACAAGUUUCAAUUUAUAAUAAAAUUUUUAGUUCAAAUAAAAUUAAGGACGUAUUAAAAAUCCAUAAAGAUAAUCAGAAGUUAGUUCUUCUGAGCACUAUUCGAAAUAGAUUUGGAUAUCUUGA